GACACCCCUCCCCCUCCUUCCGCCUCCGCUCCCCAAGUCUCAACUCCGUCCGCCUCCGCCGCAUCUUUGACCUCUUCGACCACAACGGCGACGGCGAGAUCACCCUCGACGAGCUCUCCCUCGCCCUCGACCGCCUCGGACUCGGCGCUGAUCCCGACGACCUAUCCCUCGCUGUCGCCGCACACAUCCGCCCCGGCCAAUCCGGGCUCGACUUCUCCGAUUUCGAAGGCUUGCAUCGAGCACUCGGCGAAUCCCUCGCCGGCGAAAUCGAGGAGGGCAGCGACGCGGCGGAGGAAUCCGACAUGGAGGAGGCUUUCCGGGUGUUUGAUGAAGAUGGAGACGGAUUUAUCUCGGCGGCUGAGCUUCAAGUGGUGCUUGCGAAGCUGGGAUUGCCGGAGGCCAAAAGCUUCUCGAGGGUUAACGAGAUGAUUUGUUCGGUUGAUCGGAACAGUGACGGGCGGGUGGAUUUUCUUGAGUUUAAGCACAUGAUGCAGGGGAUCUCUGUGCACAGCGCCUGAUGUAUGGCUCAUGAUGCCACUCUUACCUCUCUUCUCUAUUUUUACUUGGUGAUUUACAGCUUGGAAGGGAAAUUGAAAGAAAGAAAAAAAAAAACUACUUGGAUAUA